CAAUAGUUCUAGUGUAUUUGGUAAAGAUGUGGUCGACGAUAUUGUCAUUUUGUGUGUUCACUAUACUGGUGCAGGGCCAAGAAGACUGGCGGCUGGUUAAUAUUACUCAGGGCCCUGUGAGAGGUCAAAAGGAUCCCGACGGAGGUCUUUAUGUAUUUUACAAUAUUCCAUAUGCUACUGCACCAACUGGGAUUGACAGAUUUAAGGCCCCUCUUCCUCCACCUGUUUGGAUGUCACCACUGAACGCCGUGAAUAGAAAUAUCCGCUGCCCGCAGCCUGGCAUGGGAGGGAACAUUCAGGAAGAUUGCCUGGUAGUCAACCUGUUCGUCCCUGAUACCACAGACACAAAUCUACCUGUCCUGGUGAUGGUCCAUGGAGGAGCUUUCCAGUUUGGUGACGGUCUUUUUGACCAAUACCGAGAAUUAGUGCGAACCAAGAAAUUAAUAGCAGUUUCAUUUAAUUAUAGAUUAGGUGUCCACGGCUUUCUAUGUCUUGGCACUGAAGGAGCCCCUGGUAACGCAGGAAUUAAGGAUCAGAUAGCAUUACUACGUUGGCUGAACGCAAAUAUUGCCAGGUUCGGAGGGAAUCCAAAUGAUGUCACGUUAGUUGGCUGCAGUGCAGGAUCAGGCUCAGUAGAUGUCUUAACACUCUCUAGUGCUACGACAGGUCUGUUCCAGAAAGCUAUCUUGGAGAGUGGCAGCAGUACAGGAGCUGUAGGUGUAAUCAUUGAUCCCAUCCAAAAUGCUAAGAAUUAUGCAAAGGUCCUGAAUUUUGAUAAUGUCGAUGAUUUAGAAAGUUUAGAAGAAUUUUAUAGAACUGCUCCGUUUCAAUUGUUAACUUCACGUGUUGAUCAAAUUACAAACAAUAAGGAUACUACUGUUCGAUUUGGUCCAUGUGUGGAACGAGAUAUUGGCCAGGAGCGAGCUAUUAUGGACGCACCGAUGGAUGUCAUUAAACGCGGUAACUACACCAAGGUCCCUUUGGUAUACGGAUUCACUAACAUGGAAGGCGCGAUGAGACUACCUAUGUUUAAUACUUGGAAAGAUCAGAUGAAUGAAAAAUUCUCAGAUUUCUUACCAGCAGAACUGCAUUUUGAAAACGACGAGGUGAGAGAACAGGUUGCUCAGAGAGUAAAAGAAUUUUAUUUUAAGGAUAACGACGUCAGUGAAGAAACCGUAGUGCAAUAUAUUCUGUACUUUACUGAUGUGUUAUUUGCGUAUCCAAUGUUGAAAUCUUUGUCCGCUCGAGUAGAAGCUCUAGGUGACACAAUUUAUCUGUUUGAGUACUCGUUUGUGGACGAUACUACGCCAAGUUUUCCUCAUACUGAUGUUCGUGGGGCUCAACAUUGCUGGCAAACAAUAGCGGUUGCUGACCAAGACCUUUCUAGAAGAACGGAAGAAUAUAAGCGGAUGGUGCAGAUAGCCAGAGAAUACACACUCAAUUUUGUUUUGUCUGGUGUUCCUUCUUCAACUGAUGCUGGUUUUCCAACAUGGCAUCCAGCGACCGCGACAAGAUCUCCUCACAUGUCCAUAGGUCCUGUCAUAGAUAUGAAGGAUGAUAUUUUGGGAGACAGAGCAGCAUUCUGGGACUCCAUCUACGAGGAAUACUACGGAGGUCCACUAGUGCCUGAUAGUUCUACUGGUGGUGCCCCCUCUACAAUGAUCUCGAAAUUUAUUUUGAUGGCAAUUUUAUCAAUGUUUUAUUUAGUUUGGUAGUAUUUUUAAUGUUAGAAAUGUUUAUGAACAUAUAUCUUAAUGCAUAAUGGCAAGUAGCAUGAUACGUUCUACAUAUAUGUAUUAUAAGUAUGUUUUGUAUCAUAUAAGCCCUAGAUUUAUUUUAGUAGAUAUGGUGUGCGAUGAUCUGUGAUGUAAUUUAUAGAUUUAUAGAAACGGUCUUUUUUAUAAUUAUUGAUUUUAUAUUAGUAUGAGUCUGUUUAUGGAUUUUUGUCUUUAGAUUAUCUCUCAAACGCUUGGUUGAUUUUA